AUGAGCGUCACCGGCUCAAGGGCUGCCGGCAUGAGUGGCUCGUAUACCACAAUCUCGGGCAGCGCCUUUGCCGUACCGGCCAUUACCAUUCGCCUCCGAAAGCUGCCCCUUAUUGGCGCAGCCCUGGCUGCGGGUGUCCUGGGCUUCUACAUUAUGCCCCUGCUCAUCACCUACCUCAAGGGCGGCUGCCGCGACGACCACCAGCACGCCGAGGUUGCGCCCGAUGCCAUUCCCACGGGUCUUCCUCCCGUCGGUGCUGCCGCUUUUGACGCCUCUCUGGAUGUGCCGGAGCGCAUCAUGGGCAUCAAGCACGAGCGCAAGAAGCUGGCCAGCGGGUCGUCGGGCGCCGUGCUCGAGGUGGCCGUCGGCACCGGCCGCAACGUGAGCUACUACGUGUGGGAUCCGGCUACGUUCACGCCCUCCUACAUCAAGUCCUCGGCUGCGACAGCCGACUUGCUCAACGGAAACAAGGAGCGGCCCAAGAUCACGUCGUUUACGGGCAUCGACUUGUCGGGUGAGGCGCUGGGCAUGGCGCGCACACAGUUGCGCGUCACCGUCCCGGCUGUGGCUGCCGCCAUCCCCAAGAAGGCGCCCGCCAUUGAUGACGCUUUCAGCGCCGAUGCCGAGGUCGUCAGUACCCUCGACGGCAAGGUGCGCCUCAUCCGCGGCGACGCGAUGCAGCCCUUGCCGCUGCCCGCGCCGUCCACCAACACCGCCCGCUACGAUACGGUCGUCCAGACCUUUGGCCUCUGUUCGGUGGCCGACCCCGUCGUCCUGAUUGCCAACAUGGCCGCCGUCGUUAAGCCCGAGACGGGCCGCAUUGUCUUGCUCGAGCACGGCCGCGGCAGUUGGUCCGUGGUCAACUCGCUGCUGGACCAGUACGCGAGCCGCCAUUUUGCGCGAUUUGGCUGCUGGUGGAACCGCGACAUGGCGGCAAUUGUGGCCAAGGCACAGGAGACGGUUCCCGGUCUGGAGGUGGUGUCGGUGAAGCGGCCGGGAUGGCUACAAUUUGGGACGCUCUGGAAGAUUGAGCUGCGGGUGAGGGAAGCCGCAGCAAAGAAGUAA